AUGGACAGAGGUGCCAUUCCUGCAACAACUUUAUCUGGAACAAUUUCGUACAAUUCGACAUCACCAAACAUUGCUUCAACAAGUCAAGUUGAUAGACGACCUGUGAACAACAAUGCAAAUGACAUUGACCCUCCAGCAGAACAUGAAGAUCCCGUUGGUUUCGAUGACAUAAAUUUGAAUGAACCUGCUGACGAUGAUCCAUUAAUUGACAAUGAAGAUUUGGAAGAUGUUAACUCAGAUGAAUUAAUGAACGACGUUGCUGCAGCUGGUCAUGCAACAGCCAUGUGGGACAUGGGAGAUCCUACUAACGAGUGUGAGCAUUGCGGAGCCAUGUUCUGGUAUGAUGAAAGAAAGAGAAGGAAAGUACCUACAAGAACACCAAAAUUUCCUCUAUGCUGUUUGCAUGGGAAGGUUCAACUAUCAUUGCUCAAAGCUGCAUCUAAAAUUCUCCAAGACUUGCACGCAAAUGAAACUGAUAAAAGCCGACAUUUCUUAAAGAACAUAAGGAUGUUCAAUGGAAUGUUUGCAUUCACGUCUAUGCCUGGAAAGGUGGACAAAAACAUAAACAAUGGACGUGGUCCUCCAAUCUUCUUGCUCGGAGGACAAAAUUACCAUUCUAUUGGUAGUCUCAUACCUCCAGUUGGUCAAAGUCCCAAAUUUGCCCAGCUUUAUAUUUUUGACACUGAAAAUGAGGUUGCUAAUAGGAUACAAGCUCUCAGGCCAAGCGGUGAUGCUCAUAAGUUGGAUGAGCUAAUUGUCAGAGACUUAAAAAACAUGCUAGAUGCAGAGAACCCUUUGGUUAAGUCAUACAGAUAUGCUAGGGAACGAUACAGAUGUGGUGAUUUUUCUAAUGUCAAGCUAAGGUUAAUUCGGCGGAGGGACAAAGAUGGGAGAACUUAUAACCUUCCCACAGCAUCUGAAGUUGCUGCGUUGGUGGUGGGUGACAUAGAUGCUACUGUUAAGAGAGAGAUCAUUGUUGAAACACAAUCAAGGUUGAUCAAGCAUAUUGACCCUACAUAUCCGUCAUUUCUUGCACUUCAAUAUCCACUAUUGUUUCCAUACGGGGAGGAUGGAUGGAGACAGGGUAUUUUAACUAAAGAUUAUGACGCACCUGGAAGAACGAGAAAAAAGGAUGACAUUGCCAUGCGCGAGUGGUUUGCAUAUAGGUUGCAAGAAAGAAAAGGGGAAUCACCUAUUGUUCUUCAAUCUAGGAGACUGUUCCAGCAAUUUAUGGUGGACUCUUAUACCAUGGUUGAAGCUGAUAGAAUGCGAUAUUAUAUGACAAUACAGCCGAAAUUGCGAGUGGAACGUUACAAGGGAUUGCACGAGUGCUUGGUCCGUGGAGAAACAAAUGCAGCUGCAACAGGUCAGCGAAUCAUAUUGCCUGGAUCAUUUACUGGAGGGCCGAGAUACAUGUUCAACAAUUGCAAGGACUCAUUUGCCAUUUGUAGAUAUAUCGGAUAUCCUAGCUUAUUUAUCACUAUGACAUGCAAUCCAGAAUGGCCUGAAGUCAAAUGUUUUGUUGAAACACGAGGUUUGAAGCCUGAGGAUAGACCCGACAUACUUUGUAGAGUUUUCAAAAUGAAGUUGGACGAACUAAUUGAUGACUUGAAGAGCGGAAAAGUGUUCGGAAAGAUUAGUGGAUAUUCAAUCACCAUCGAAUUUCAAAAGCGAGGUCUUCCCCACGCACACAUUUUGGUCUUUGUCCAUGCCAAAUUCAAGCCCAAGACCCCUGAAGACAUCGACAAAGUUAUAUCCGCAGAAAUUCCAGACCGUACCAACAAUCCUGAAUUAUUUGAGGCUGUGCAGAAGUAUAUGAUUCACGGACCAUGCGGUGUACUAAAUUUGAAGUCACCAUGUAUGAACAAUGGAAAAUGCUCCAAGUUCUUUCCUAAAGAGUUUAGGACGAGGACCAUUAUUGAUGAUGAAGGUUUUCUUAAAUAUAGAAGAAGAGAGGAUGGCAGGACUGUCAAAAAGGGCAAAACUGUGCUGGAUAAUAGAUAUGUUGUACCAUACAACCCAUUGCUACUCCAAAAAUAUAGAGCUCACAUUAACGUUGAGUACACGUGUCAGACAAGUGCAAUAAAAUAUCUUUUCAAGUAUGUCCAUAAAGGCAACGACAGAGUGACGGCUGAAUUUUACCGAACUUCGGAUUCAAGUAAUCCAUCCCAGGUGAUUGAUGAAAUAAAAAAUUACUAUGACUGCAGAUACAUCUCUGCUUGUGAGGCGGCAUGGUGA